AGGGUGUCCUGCAGCUGCUACUGGUUGCUUCAGUAGGCCUCACGUGCCAGCCUCUCCUCACCAAGCCCAGCGCCACUUCCUUCGUGUGCGAUCCAACGGCCAAUCUGUGCCACACCUCUGGGUUUACCCUAUCCCAUGUGCGGUUGCUGCUUGGCCCUGCUGUCUUCCAGCCUUUGCCUGGGUGCAAAUGCUGGAAGCUUGUUUGUCCCUACUCUGAGGCAGAAAUGGGAUCUCUACCAAGCUUCCCAUGACCAGAUGGGACAGAGGGACUACGAACCCAUGAAAGGAAGAGCAGAUUAGAAGAAUUCAAGGAUUUUAAAUAAAACAGCUCAGAAAAGAGAAAGCCUGUGAAGCUAGGAGCCUGUAAAUAUAUCACCUGCGUCCUGCUCUGUCUCGUCUUUCUGCACCUCCCUUUGUCCUUGCGACAGCGUCUAAGACCCUCAGUUCAACCUGAACCGAAAGUGCUCUGUGACUGCUGAGCACAUUGCCUGGGCCAGUGCCGGGGUCCCGGUCUGCAUCGCCUGGAAGACUUUGAGGCUGAUUUUCAGACAAAGGAGAAAAAAAGAAGUUGGGGCCCUAUCAAAGGCCCCAGUGCCCUGGCCCAGUGCUAUGCGAUGCUCCCCGAAGCGCUUCAUCACAGCCCUUGCAGCCUCUUUCCUCCUCCUCCUUGUGGGCAGCUGGUGGGGGCAGAGCCUGAAUGAUCCCCUGGAGGUGGAUCUUCGGGGCUUGGCCCCAGAUGCAGUUCUGCAGGCACUGCAGCAAGACAGAGUCCUGCGUGCCCUCCGGGACCUGGGCAACCUCUCUGCACCUCACAAUGUCUCCUACCACCUACUUGCUGGCUCCCCACCAUCCAACAAGAAGUUCCUGGCAGUGGGACUGGCAUCAGUGAGGCGGCCACGUGGCUACUACCUCCAGGCCACGUUGCAGUCUAUCUUUGAGCAGUCAACGGAGGAAGAGCUGCAGGAGAUGGUGGUGGUGGUGCACCUGGCUGACACAGACCCGGGCUGGAAUGCCCGAGUGGCCACUAACAUUGCCCACAGGUUCACUAACCAUCUCCUCCUGGGCCGGCUCCUGCUUAUCCAUGCUCCCCAUGAGUUUUACCCCACUCUGGAUGGCCUAAAGAGGAACUACAAUGAUCCAGAAGAGCGGGUAAGGUUCAGGUCCAAGCAGAAUGUGGAUUAUGCGUUCCUCCUUGCCUUUGCCGCCAACCUUUCCACCUACUAUCUGAUGAUCGAGGAUGAUGUGCAGUGCUCCAAGUCCUUCCUCACAGCCAUCCGCAAAGCACUAGCCUCCUGGGAAGGCUCCAACUGGGUCACCCUCGAGUUCUCCAAGCUGGGCUACAUUGGCAAGCUCUACCACUCCAGCGACCUUCCUCGCCUGGCUCGCUUCCUCCUGCUCUUCUACCAGGAGAUGCCAUGCGACUGGCUGCUGAGCCACUUCCGCCACCUGCUCACCCAGAAAGAUGUUAUCCGCUUCAAGCCCUCCCUCUUCCAACACAGGGGCUUCUACUCUUCCUUCCAGGGCACUGUCAACCGUCUGGAGGACGACGACUUUGAGGUUGAUGCUUUGGACCUGCCAGACAACCCGCCAGCAACUUUGUUCACUGACAUAGCAGUCUUUGAGAACUACGAGCCCUUCAAGGCUUACAGCAGAGCAGAGGGAUAUUUUUGGGGGAAAGCCCCGGCAGACGGCAGCAUCUUCUGCAUCAUCUUUCAGCAGCCGGUCCGUAUCACCCGCAUCCGGGUGCGCACAGGCUCCAAUGAGCGCCAGAGGGACUUCUUGCAUGCAGGGAUGCUGGAGCUGGGCUGGCGACAGGGGGCUGAUGGCCAGGACUGCUCCAUAUACACUUCUGUGGGCAUCUUCAAAAAGGGGGCCUUUGAGCGACAGGACCUGGAAAAGGAAGUGUCUGACCCUGCUGAGUGCGUGAGGAUACGGGUGACCCAAGGCCAGAGUGAGUGGCUUAUCAUCCAGAGCAUUGACAUCUGGACAGUGUCAAGCACCUGACUGGGGGCGUGACCGGCAUCCAAGAUGGCUGAGCAUUUGCAAGGAUUUUGCACUACUUUAAGAGGAGCUUUAUUUUUCUCAGUCUUUUUUGACGGGGAAUUAAAUUA